GCGCCAGGUCAGUCCAUUCUAGGUAUACAGUACGUGCCCUUCUCAUAUCCUCUGAUCCUAAGUUUGAGGAUAACGAACGACCGUCUAGGGGAUCAAAAAAGGGCUACUUGACCAUUAGUGUUGCUAACUUUAUCGGAAGCUAUGGAUGAAGAAGAACGCCAGAGGCGUAUGCAGGAGCUUCAAAUGGCGGAUUUGGGCAGUGCACGCCGUGAAUAUAUAUCGACCGUUGAUGACGCCCCGAACAAGUACCGCCAUGUUGGGUUGGAUCAGAUCGAGGCCAUGCGGGCAGCCAACAUGAAGGGUUCUAAAGUGCAGAAAUUGGCAGAAGCCAACAAGACUCAGUUAAGUGCCUGGAACAACGCGCACCAAACAAUUGGGGGUGAUGUCCAGUUGGAAGAUCUGGAUAGCAUGAUGUCCGGACAGAGUCACCGUGCCCAGCUCUGUGAUUUGAUUCAAUCAAAAGGUGGACAGAAGUAUAUUCACGGCCCAACAGCUCCUCCCAAUGGGCGCUCCAGAAGUACCCAGCCGCCCAGAGGUUCCAGGGGAAUUGGGCGUGGUGGAGGAGUAGCGGGAAGCCGCGCCCGUGGCAACUUUUCAAGAACAUCAUUUGGCCCCCAAAGUACUCCUUCACCGUGUGUGCUUGGGUCUGGUGGAGGCCACGCUGUUGAAAGCACCCCAGACCGGCGCCGAUGUCUGGACCCUGCACGCUCCGACGCGGCUGAGAAUUUCCGUGAAAAAGACACCAAGAUAGGGAAAGCAGGAGUUACUCCACGGACCCCUAGAAGUGAUAGAGGCUCCGGUGGACUAGGCCGUCCAGGCAUGGUUAAAACCAGACGGGUUGUUGAUCCAAGCGCCAACUCUGAGGCAAUGUUCGCCGACCCAUCAGACUUCAUGGCAGUUGCGAAAGUACAUAAUGCUUCUUGCCCUUCUGAUCCCCCUAAGCCAACGCGGAAUGCAGCAGCCCAGCCUAUGACUCCAUCCAAUCAAACCAAGCAAGAGAAUGCCGCUAAGGAAGAAGUGUGCAUUCAGGAAGGAGCUUCACAUAAUGGAGUGCUGGAAGAACACAUUAAAGGGGGAACUCAAAAGCGAAAAAAUGAAGAUACUAUUAGCGCCACGCUCGCGAAUGACCUACAGCUCAAAGGAACUAUAUUACCGGAGCACGAUGCAAAGUCAACUUCGGGAAAUACUUGGGCUAUUCAAGUAGAUAGCCUCCCCUCUGGUGGUAUUGGACCUGGGCAGACUGACUUUGGUAAACUAAAGACAGAUAAAAGGUUUAGAUCAAGCCUUCCUCAGCCAAUUCAUGCAUCAGAAGAGUCGACACUCCUGAUCGACCUGAUGCGGAAAAGUCGAUCACCUUCAAACCCAGCAUCCGCCAUUCGCCCUCGACAUAUGGAUUCAGGAAAUAUAGCUCCUAUGUCAUCCUUUCUGACUAAUACUCCUCCGUCCAUGCGGAUGUUGCUGCCGGAAAUACCAACCAGCUCGGCUGGUGCAAAAGCAGUUGGGAACUCUCAGAAUGGAACUAGCAAUGCAGCUCUGAAGGCUGCACUCGACUUGCUUAUUGACAGGCUACAGAGAGAACUGCACCAAGUGAACCAGAUUAUUGAGGAUACUCCCGGGCCUAUCGAGCUCACAGGUAUAGGAAUUUAUUUGCUAAAGCGGAAGCAGCAAUUAGAAAGCGAAAUAGCGGAAGCAAUUGAGAUGGAGAGUGAUAUUGUACUCCCGUUCAGUGCAUUGACAUUAGAAGACCCUUCUCAUAAGGAGCCAAAUGAGGAGCAUAAUGUCUCUCAAGAAAUGCCCAUCCCAAAGGUCCCAGUUGUUUCCAUGGAUAAAAAGGAGGUAGCUCCGCUGAUUCCUGGAUCGGGGUCUACAGCGAUGUCGUUUGGCAAGCCAAAUGUUGGCCCCCAGGAAGUUCUGCUCAUGUCCAACAACACACCACCGAUUCCUACACCCACUUUAUCUACUUUCACUAACUCAGUACACGAUAUUAUCGGUGACCAUUUAUUGCCAGGAAGGAAUCCUUCGAGCAUCAAAUCAGAUCUAGAAACGCCAAAAGUACUAAGUGGAAACAGUAGCCUUCAUGACUUUUCCACCCCCCCUGCUGGUCCUGCAACUGGAGAAGCAAGGCCGGCGCCGCAUGGUGCAGUAGCGUUUGAUCAUAGUUCCUCUGUUAACCAACUACAAGUGCGAGAUACGCCUAAUAUCCCGGACAACGCAAUAACUCGACAAUAUUUGGAAUCUACUUCUGAGACAAGUAAGCGCUCAACUGAACCACGGAAUUUGCCUCUAAAUGGGCAGCGGAAUCACCAUUUGUUGACUGCGACACAGCAGUUAUCAAGUUUUGCAAUUCAUCCCCUGGAGCAAAGCAGCGAACCGCCCUCUCCCAUUUGCUACAUGACUGCAGUAGUACAAUCCCCUGUCGCACCAUACCAACCUAAGCCUGCUCCCCAGGGCCCACAGUGCGUCUCUUCUCCAGGGCUGGGGGUACCGCCUAAACCGAGUGAAAUGAAGCCCAUUGCACGGAACUUUGCUCCUAAGUUUCCUAUGUCAGCGGCAACGAUGCAAUAUUCCGGAGCAUUGUUCCAACGUCAGGAACAAAAUGCAGUACCAAAGUCUCCUGACACUACAACACCAUCUUGCCACAACCCACCUGUUGACCCUAGUAAGCCUAUCACUCCAGCCUUUGUGUCCAGGUUCCCAGUGUCAGCCGCAACUUUGCAAUACUCCGGGACGAUAUCCCAUGCUAGCAUUCAAGCAACAGACCCCCCGCCGCCAGCAGGACAGGAAGGUCGCAACGCUUCUACUGUGAGCGCCACACGCAAAAUUUCUGAAGCUUCUGUAUCCUCCUCAAUUAACCCGCCCCGACUUAGUGGACUAGAAAAUUCCAAAUGGGCUACACCAGCAGAUGCACCUACUUCACCCAAAGGGGCGAGCAAGGGACGGCCAUCACCCAGACCAAGAAAAGAUGGAAAAGGUAUUGAUAUGUUUAUCGCAGAGAUGGCAAAGCAUCAAGUCACAGUGUCCCAACGCACCAUGGAGGAGUCAACAACUAAUAGCGGGCCGUCGAAGCGCCAGAAGGAGUCCCCUGGCCUUGCGAGCUCUAAAUGGGCUAGCUAGAUUAGGUUUAUCAAUGCUUGGUGCCGAGCUACGGAGUCUAGAGUGAACGAGGGGAAGAAGUAUGAACUUUGGCUGAAGAUGCGGUUACCCAUAACUGUGUCCUAAUUUGCGUUCCCAGCGUGUUAUCCGUUUUCUUUGCCCAUGAUUGAUGAUCUGCCCUUGCAAUUACCCCCUUCCACCGGCUGUAUUGCAACACCCAUGGAGUAUCAUUCUGUGAACUCUCCAUGAAUAUUCCCGAUGUUGUUUAUUAGAUGCGACCCACAGUUUAGUUUCUCGCAAGUAAUAAUAGCCCUGCACUCUGCACUUUUCUUUUCUUUUCUUUUCUUUUCUUUUCUCUGUGUUUUUGUUUUUUUGUUCUGCACCCCUUUUCACCUUCCUUUUUUUUAAAAAAAGAAAACGCCAAAGUACCAAACCCGUUUCCUUAAUAUUUCCAGCCAAAAAAAGAGGUACUUUUUGAUUUGUUCGAAUGCACAAGCCAAACAUCCCUAUGGACUCUCUAAUAUUACUUUGAAAAAUUUCCGAUUCUACAAAGCUUCCGCAUUGUACACUUUGGUACUCAAUUGUUUCAAAUCAAUGUAAACUGUUUGUUGAUAGGUUUCACUGAUAUACGCAUAGAUUUCGUUCUUCAGCUAAGAAUAAAUAUAGGGGCCAUAUCCACGUUAAUCACCAGGGACUCCAACGAGAGUACUAUAACGGGACAUGGAUCACCAGGAUGAACGGUCGAAGUUGGAGGAGCCUUACAGCAAUCAGAACCUGUAAGCCACCAUGGCAGUAUUGGUAUCCAGAAACGUAUGUUCUGUUAUGGCCAAAAAUUUAUAUCACAAGUGCAUCAGUGAUAUGUAAUCGAAAUAAUUAAUGACUACUAUUGGUCCACCUGGUUUCCCUCAACGGAUGGAAAUCAGAGGAGAAACAGGAGGAAGGAGGGGAAGCUGCAGCGACCAACUAUAGGAAAUGAAAAAAAUUCAUGUUCCAUUUUGC